GCGAGAUUCAGUCCGUCCACCGUCAGACAGAUCUCACAGGACCCGGGUCUGGUCCCUGUUGGCUCGGGCGCACGGCAGCACCGAACAGCGCGCUCCGCAGGAUGGAACCGUAACGUGAGCGGACCGGUGCAUUUCUGCUGCAGACUCCAAACGAGAGGAUUAAAAAGGUUCCACUGUAUCAAAAUGCGGCUCUAGAUCCGCUGAGUCGCGAAGUGGAAACUGAACUUCGGUCCAACAUUUCCUGUCCAGAUGGAAACCAGCGCUCCUUAGCCGAUAUGGGGAAAUGGGAGUUAACUAUGAACCCGGUGCAGGAGUGGGGUGAAGAGGUCGAGGAUGGUGCAGUUUACGGGGUCACUCUGCGUCGAGAGCCUGUCACUCCUGCUUCAGACCCCAGCGAGGCAGGUCCAUGCUGCGCCUUUGUCCAGUACCGAACCUGCAAGGUGCGGCGACUGAAGGCCGCCACCCUGGACCUGCUAGUGACCCAGCUCCUGGACCCCGGCUGCCAGGAGCAGGACUAUGGCAGGAUCUUCCUGUCCACAUACAGAACCUUCACCAGCACCUCAGCGCUCAUAGAGCUGCUCUUCCACAGAGACAGCACAGCCUCAGGUCUGGACAACAGUGAACACAAAGGAAGCCCUCUGCUGGCCUUCGUCCAGACAUGGUUGGAUGAGUGCAGUGAGGACUUCAGGGAUCCUCCCCUGCACUCAGCACUCAGGCUGCUCUUGGAUCACCUGACAAUCAGCUCUGCGGUGCACGGCAACAUGCGCAGCCAGCCCAACUUCUGCUCGCUGGCUGGGCAAGCUGAGGCAUUGCUCCAGAGGUUCCGGAGAGAAGAAGCUGAGACAAAUGUGAGUUCAGGCCUGGCAGAUCUGGGACAUGAUGAGGAGGGAUGUAGCGAUGAGAAUUCAGGCUGUGAAAACUCUGUGGAUCAAGGCGGCAUCCUGGAUUUCCCAGCUGCAGCCAUUGCUGAGCAGCUCACUCGGAUGGACUCGGCUCUGUUUGUCAAAGUGGUACCGUACCAGUGUCUGGGCUGCAUGUGGUCACAAAGAGACAAGAAGGAAAACAUGUCUCCCACCAUUCGGGCCACCAUUGCACAGUUCAAUGCCAUCACCAACCAGGUCAUCAUGUCCCUGCUCUGCCAGCCUACAGACCCCAACUCCAGUCCCACUUCCCCCUGCUGGCCUCCCACGACUCCCAUGCACAGAGCCCGCAUCAUAGAGAAGUGGAUCAGAGUCGCCCAGGACUGUCGCCGGCUGAAGAACUUCUCGUCUCUCAGGGCGAUCCUGUCGGCCCUGCAGGCUAACGCCGUGUACAGGCUGAGAAAGACCUGGGCUGCUGUUGGCAGAGACAGCAUGGCCACGUUUGAUCACCUGUGGGAAACCUUCCCUGAUGAGAACUGUGUUCUGACCAACAGAGAGCUGCUGGUCGAGGACAGAGGCCAGGCCACUGAGGGUAACGUUUCUCCCCAGACGUCCAAGCAGUGUCCGGUCUCCAGACAGGUGAGUACCUCCAGUGGAGUGGUUCCUUACCUGGGCACGUACCUGACCGUCCUCACCAUGCUGGACACCGCUCUACCAGACACUGUAGAGGUGUGCACGGGCGGGCUCAUAAACUUUGAGAAGAGGAGGAGGGAGUUUGAGGUUCUGUCACAGAUCCGGAUCCUGCAGGUGUCCUGCUCCCAGUACAACCUUCCCCAUCAUCCCAGAAUUGCUGCCUGGCUGCAGGGACACAAGAUGCUCACUGACCAGGAGAGCUACGAGCUGUCCAAACAGCUGGAGCCUCCGGUGGACUCGUGCUCACCGACCUUGUGGAGCCACCGCACCCUGACACAGAAGCUGUCCAGUCUCCUGACAGUGAGCGAUGGGUCUAAGAAAGUCCCUGCUGACCAGGUCAGCGUUUCCUCUUCUGGGUCCAGUGGGUCGGAGAUGGAGGACCUGUCCUCCUCCAACUUGGCCUGUUCCAUCACGCUGCAGUCCUUCCACAGCUCUUCCAACAACAUGUCUGAGACCGUCUCUGUCUUCUCAUCCUCCUCCUGCUCCUCCUCGGCUUCUUCCCCACACUCCCCCACUCCCCCCUGCUCCUCCUCCGACUGCCCGGCGGAUGUCUCCUCUCCUGCCAUGUUCUGCGGCGGAGCUCGGCCGAAGCCCGCUCCCUCCUCCCACCACAAACGUUCCGUGUCCAUGACCUGCCUGCCCCUGUACAACCGUCAGGUGGCCGACUCCUGCAUCAUCAGGGUGAGCGUGGACCUGGGCCACAACAACGGCAACAUGUACAAAAGCAUCCUGCUGACCAGCCAGGACAAAACUGCUCAGGUGAUUCAGAGGGCGCUGGAGAAGCAUCACCUGGAGGGCAUGGACUGGCAGGAGUUCACCCUGACACAGGUCAUCUCCCAGGGACGAGAGCUGCUCAUACCAGAAAAAGCAAACGUCUUCUACGCCAUGUCCACGACAGCCAACUUUGACUUUGUUCUUCGCCAGUUCCCCAAAGGCCAGAAGAAACCGCUGAGGGCCACUUCCAGCCUCGGACGAUACACAAAGUAGUCCACACACUCUGCACCUGGAAGAUGAGCCGCCUCCUAAGAUGCUCCUGGAAAUGGUUUUUAUUUUUAAUAGUUUUUAUUUACAAAAGCUUUCUCUGACAUGGUCCGUCCCUCAGUUGGAGACUGGUGAAGUAAAUGUUUUUAUGGCAGGGGGCGGGGUGAUGCAAAAGCACUUUAUGGAGAAGAAACUGAUGGAGCUUGAAAAGCACCUAGUUCAGACUGUUGCGGUUACCUGGGUAUUAAACUGAAAAAUAAAGCCGCUCCUUUCUCUUGGGGCUGUGUGGGCAGUUUUCUCACGAUGUGCAAACGUUGAUGGAUCCAGUAACUAUGUGGACCCGAAGACCCAGAAACACACUGCUCCAGCCACACAUGACCUGUCCAUCCUCGAACACUGAGGAAUGACCGAGCAUUUCCCAACACGACUGGGUGUUGUGCCAGCUGAGGACUGGGUGGGCGUGUUCUCCCUUCA